AUGAUUGCCACUUCAAUAUCUCUGCUCCAGCACGUGUGUUCCGUGCCAAUCGCACGUGCCAUGCGACCUCGUUCCCUCACCAUCGUAUCUUCUCUCAGCCUCUCCACCACCACCUCUUCCUCCUCCACUCCAUCACGUGCCUCUCACGUGGACCCUCACGUACUUCUCGGCAUGUCUGAGCCCGAGCUUCAGCAACUCGCCGUCGACCUCGGCCAGCAAAGCUAUAGAGGAAAGCAGCUCCAUCAUCUCAUAUACCAGAGAAAAGUAAAAGAAAUCCAUGAUUUUAGUCAAUUGCCUCAGGUAUUUAGAAAUGCUCUUCAAGAAGCUGGAUGGAAAGUCGGCCGGUCAUCAAUCUUUGGUACCGUAACUGCAGCUGAUGGCACGGUCAAGUUACUGAUAAAACUGGAAGAUAACAGAUUGAUUGAAACUGUUGGUAUUCCUGUUGGAGAUGAGAAAGGUUCAAUGCGGCUUACUGCCUGUGUCUCGUCUCAGGUAGGUUGUCCUCUGCGCUGCUCAUUUUGUGCCACUGGAAAGGGUGGCUUUUCAAGGAAUCUUCAAAGGCAUGAAAUUGUUGAGCAGGUUUUGGCUAUUGAGGAGAUCUUCAAGCGCAGGGUGACAAAUGUAGUGUUCAUGGGAAUGGGUGAACCAAUGUUGAACUUGAAGUCAGUUCUUGAAGCACACCGAUGCUUGAAUAAGGAUGUACAAAUUGGGCAAAGAAUGAUCACAAUAUCAACUGUGGGGGUUCCGAACACAAUUAAAAAGCUGGCUUCUCAUAAACUUCAGUCAACAUUGGCUCUCAGCUUACAUGCUCCAAACCAGAAACUUAGAGAAACAAUUGUUCCAAGUGCGAAAUCUUACCCUCUAGAAGCAAUUAUGAAAGAUUGCAAGGAGUACUUCCUUGAAACCAGUCGACGAGUAUCCUUUGAGUAUGCACUUUUAGCUGGGGUUAACGAUAGAGUAGAGCAUGCAAUAGAGCUUGCUGAGCUACUUCAUCAGUGGGGACGCGGUCAUCAUGUGAAUCUCAUACCAUUCAAUCCAAUUGAAGGUUCUGAUUUUAAGCGUCCCCACAAAAAGGCGGUACAAGCCUUUGCAGCUGCUCUAGAAACUCGUAAAAUAGCUGUAAGCGUUCGCCAAACAAGGGGCCUGGAUGCAAGCGCUGCUUGUGCUUGCAAUCUCAACCAGAGAAUGUUGCAGUUGCAUGCUGAUGCCACAAGAUCUCUGACUCUCUGGGCUGCAGAAGUCAAAGUUCGUUUCAUACAUGAUGCAAAAAAUGAGGGUUCAAUGAAUGGACUCAUUUUGCUGAUUUUGGGUUGUUGUAUAAUGAGGAGAUAUAGUCCCCCAUACUACAGUCCUCCGAGGAGAGGAUACGGAGGGCGAGGAAGAAGCCCGCCAAGAAGAGGAUAUGGAGGAGGAGGUGGUGGUGGGUAUGGGAGGCGCAAGGAGCAAAAUAGUGGAAGCCUUUUGGUUCGGAACAUUCCUCUUGAUUGCAGACCAGAAGAACUUCGAGGACCAUUUGAGAGGUUUGGAGUUGUAAGAGAUGUCUAUAUCCCUAAGGACUAUUACACAGGGGAACCUCGUGGGUUUGCAUUUGUGCAGUUUGUUGAUCCAUAUGAAGCUAUGGAAGCUCAGCAUCGUAUGAAUGGGCAGAUAUUUGCUGGGAGGCAGAUAUCUGUGGUGUUAGCAGCAGAGACAAGAAAAAGACCUGAGGAGAUGCGCCACAGAGCUAGGGUUAGAGGACCAUCAGGUUAUGGAGGACGAUCAUCCUAUUAUGGACGUUCUCAUUCUCGUUCAUUAUCCCGGUCCCCUCGCCAUUAUCCUGGUUCUAGGUCUCGAUACCGCUCGAGGUCAUACUCUCCUGUCCUGAGAAGGCGAGAUUACUCUGCUUCCCCAGAUAGAAGGCAUGCAGACCAUCCAAGAUCUUCUAGAGGUCCUCCGCCAGAGCGAGAUGGUGACCACAGCCGCAGGUCGUAUUCUCCAGGUUAUGGCCAUGGCGAUGAUCUUGAUGAAAACGGCAAUGUGUUUGGCGAGAAAUCGGCAUAUGAUUUUGAGGAAGCACGAGCUUGGAGGCCAUCACUUGGUAGAGCAUCAAGGUCACCUUCUGGCUCAAGAUCUAGGCUUGUUGAUAAGUUCUAUGGCAGACAGGAAACGAGUUUGAUGACCAGAAAAGUCUAUGCUUUCUCAUGCCAUGAAGGCAGCCGUCAUGAAGAACUCCCAGAGAGAAACAAGGAGAUGGCCGUUGGAAUAUUGGAAGUGAAGCUGGUGAAGGCAAAAGGCCUUGGAAACCCAGAUUUCUUUGGGUUAUCAUGUUACUGCCCUUCUACGACUAAUAUGGACCCAUAUGUUCUAGUACAAUACAAAAGCCAAGAGCGCAAGAGCAAGGUAGCUAGAGGUCAAGGCGGGAGACCGGUCUGGAAUGAGAGACUCACAUUCAAGGUAGAUUAUCCAGGUCAAGGUGGCAACUAUAAGAUCAUUCUUAAAGUCAUGGACAGGGACACCCUCUCUGCUGAUGACUUUGUCGGCGAAGCCACGAUCUACGUGAAAGAUUUGUUGGCAUUAGGAGUGGAGAAAGGGACUGCUGAAAUGCAAACUCAGAGGUAUAGGGUGGUUAAUGCUCACAAAUCAUAUCGUGGAGAGAUUCAAGUUGGUGUCACUUUUACCCUCAAGGCAGGAGAGGAAGAUGCUGGAGAAAAGUAUGGUGGAUGGGAGCAAAGCUCUGUUUAG